AUGGCAGCCAUCACUACCAUCACUCAACAGGCGUCCUGUCCGGCACAGAAGCUUCGUACCACUUCCAACCACCCGCAGCUUAAACGUUUGGCAGUUGAUGAUCCAUCCACCACCUGUGCCAAAGUCGUCGAACUCAUCCGUCGAGAUGGCGGUGUUGUGAUUACUGGCCUCGCCGAUAAGGACAUCGUCACUCGCAUCCGCAAAGAGCUGAAACCAGUGUUUGAGACAGACAUCCCCGAUGAAUCAGGCUUCUUUCCCACAACCACUCGUCGUGCAACUGGCCUUUUGGGUGUUUCCGACGGAUGUGUCGAUUUGGCAACAAAUAAGCUCUGGAUCGAUGCUGCCAACGAGAUCCUAACCAGUACCUAUCGACCGUGGUAUGGAGAGAAACGAGCACAUUUCGUCUCAAAACCAAUCCUAGCCGGUACCUUUGGCUUCCAAAUUGCUCCAGGAUCGCGACAACAGGAUCUUCAUCGUGAUGAUAGGUGA